UUUUCUUUUUCACUGUAGAUUUGAGGGCGUUUUUACAAUCUUCGUCCAUCUUUAGGUGUCGUUUUGUUAUGUAGAAGAGUUCAUGGUGACUAUCCAUCACCAUGUUAGACAGUGAAUUGAGCUGUUAGUGCUGCCAUCUGAUUUAAACGAUUCAGAUGCGAGUACUCUUUCUCCGAGCAGAUUAACGGAGUUCAAAGUGUCUGAAAAUGGCCUUGUACCCGCCAUGAUGGACAGCACCUAAGAGUUGUUCCUUCCCACCAUCGCCGCAUGCUUGCUCUGGAGGACGGAUGUCCGCUAGGCCAUUGAUUCAGACACAUUUUGAAUUCUGGAACAUUGUGAUUAAUUGCGAUGUGUUGAACUAGCUUAAUGGUUGGCUACGUGAACUAAAUUUGGACCGUUUAAUUUUGUGUAACUGCAUAUGAAUUGAACAUAUUUCCAAAGUGAAACAAACUGAAUUGAAUGGAACAAUGGCUUUCCAUAGGUCACUGCUGCUGAUGUCUGUAGUCGACAGUAUUUACACUUAUUGGGGAUCUUUUAAUGAAAUAUACUUGAACAGAAGCUGCUACUUCCCAUAUGACUUUCCAUUUUGGCUUAAUAAAUACUGACAGAGUAGAUUCUAUCGUCCGUUUUCUUUUUGCUCUUGGGGAAGUUAUCAUUUUAGGACCUGGUAAACCACAUCAACUUUAAUAUGCCGUGACCCUGGCAUGAAAAUGAUGUAUUUACUUUUUUCUAUCCGGGGUAUGUGACUGUACAUCUGUCAUUGUGGCUCUUACAGAAUCUCUAGGGUUGCAUUUCAUUAAUUCAAGACCAAAACAAGCCCACAGGGGGCGACAUAAGGACACGACAUGAACUGCAGAAGAGGCAACAGACGAUUGGGAGAUUAGAAAAGGCUCUAAUAUUUAGAGUCGUGAUUAUUUUUUUUUUCAAUAUUUUAUCAGUUCGGAAGACUUCUCUUUUUUUAUAAACAAUAACGACCCUGGAAAUCAUAGGCGAUAUUCGACUUUGAAAGUGAAUUUUAUUGAAUCAUUUUUGCAUUAGCGCCACUGUAACGUGCUCUCCUUGUGAAUGCGGGCUUCGACGUACUAAUAAAACGCAUUAAAGGGCUGCAGCUGCUCGUUAGGUUGUUAUAAUGUGGAGCCGCGGGCUCACAGAGGGGCGGGCUGAGACGCCGCUGAUAUCCUCAGACUUUCAGACCCAGCUCUUCCAGAGCGCUGCUGCGCGUCGAGUGGGACUGGUAACGGCGAACUCUCUCGUCCCCCCCCAACAAAAGUGGGGGCGAAAAAAAAAAAAAGGAAAAGUUAAACCGAAAAAAGUCAAGAGGAAAGCAGCAGCCGGCGCGCACACGAGCUGUAUUAAAGGGAUCAUUUCCUGGCAGCGGGGGUGUGCGGAGAGAGACAUUAAAAUGAUGCAUGAGCCGUGCGUAAAAAUCCGAAAGAUUCCUCUUAUGGGCUGACCGUUGGACGGAAGAGAACUGGGCCAAAAAAAAAAAAAAAAAGCGCGACGCGGAGAGAAGCUUUAUUCAUGCAAAUUCGUGAAAUCAUAGGCGUGCCUUCGGGCGAUGGAGUCACAGCCGGAAAGGCAAAGCCCCCCCAGUUGGAUCAUCCCCGACCUUCAAAGACUGUGAAGCGCGGCGCGAGGACGCAUUGACGGCCACACCGGGGCAAAUGUUCCAAAAGCAAGAGGUCUCUUUCUUUCUUCUCCGUGUUUUCCGUUGACUUGACUGGCUGCUGUUCUCCCAGAAGUCCGUGCAGCGGUUCUUCUCUCUCAACUGGAUCACUACUGAAAACUUGCCGCAGCAGUCAUCACUAUCAACACCUCCACCACCAUGUCCGAGAGCGACAGCAGCUGCUGCUGCUCCAACCCGGGCGGCGGGUUGUGCGACGCGGACGCCAACAGCGUCAGCGUCCUCAGCUGGGAGCAAGUGCAGCGGCUGGACGCCAUCCUCACGGAGACCAUCCCGAUCCACGGCCGGGGGAACUUCCCCACGCUGGAGAUGCAGCCGCGGCAGAUCGUGAAGGUGGUGCGGAGCCGGAUGGAGGAGAAGCAGAUCCACGUGCGGGACGUCCGGCUGAACGGCUCCGCGGCCAGCCACGUCCUGCACGAGGACAGCGGGCUGGGCUACAAGGACCUGGACCUCAUAUUCUGCGCAGACAUGAAGGGCGAGAGCGAGUUCCAGACUGUAAAAGACAUCGUUUUGGAUUGCCUCCUGGAUUUUUUACCCGACUGUGUGAACAAAGAGAAAAUAACCCCGUUGACUCUGAAGGAAGCCUACGUGCAAAAGAUGGUGAAGGUGAACAACGACUCGGACCGCUGGAGCCUCAUCUCUCUCUCCAACAACCGGGGGAAGAACGUGGAGCUGAAGUUUGUGGAUUCCCUCCGGCGGCAGUUUGAGUUCAGCGUGGACUCCUUCCAGAUCAAACUGGACUCCUUGCUUCUGUUCUACGAGUGCUCUGAAAACCCCAUGUCCGAGACCUUCCACCCCACCAUCGUGGGCGAGAGCGUCUACGGCGACUUCAGCGAGGCCCUGGACCACCUGCGCCACAAGAUCAUCUGCACCAGGAACCCAGAGGAGAUCCGAGGCGGGGGCCUCCUCAAGUACUGUCACCUGCUGGUGAGGGGUUUCCGGCCAGCGUCAGAGUCCGAGAUGAAGUCCCUGCAGCGCUACAUGUGCUCUCGCUUCUUCAUCGACUUCCCAGACAUUGGAGAGCAGCAGCGCAAGCUGGAGUCCUACCUUCAGAACCACUUUGUAGGGCUGGAGGACCGCAAGUACGACUACCUGAUGACCCUCCACGGAGUGGUCAACGAGAGCACCGUGUGCCUGAUGGGACACGAGAGGAGGCAGACCCUCGGGCUCAUAGCCAUGCUGGCGGUGCGAGUCCUCGCAGAGCAGAACGUCAUCCCGAACGUGGCUAAUGUGACGUGUUACUACCAGCCUGCUCCUUAUGUGGCAGACGGUAACUUCAGUAACUACUACAUAGCGCAGGUGCAGCCGGUGUUUGCCUGCCAGCAGCCUGCAUACUCCACAUGGCUGCCCUGUAACUGAGUCGACCCAAAGGGAAAGGAGGAGGGCAAGAGUCUGAUUUCUUUAAACAGGAGUGAGUGCAACCAUUAUGGCCUCAGAUCUGUCCGACGUGUUCGACGGCUGACAGAAGAGAGUCCGCCGUUUUAAUGUUUUGCAUCAAAGCUUCUGUUUUAGUUCAUACAUAAAGUAUGAAUGAUACAUCCAGAACAGCUGCCGUGUUUUCAGCGUGAAUAUUACGCUUUUGUUUUCAAACGCCGACCUCACCUCGUCCCACCGAGGCCAAGCGGGGGCGUGGGGUGGGGGGCUGGGAGAGAGGAGGUGUUUGUAAGCAGCUAAUUUUGGGUAUAUUGAAAGCGACGGCUGAAUGCAAAUUUGUGCCUAGCCUCGAAGCGAGCAGCAGAACUGUCACAGAGACUGAUCGAAUCUGUCACAAACCAAUUAGGCUGCCGACCGAACGGCUGCAUCGCCGUCCUCGAGCUGACAGCUAACUCCAGCAAAGCUUUUAUGGGUGGUCUGCUCAGUGCAAAUUAACACUCACACACACGCACAGACAUUCAGAAUGAAAUCAGAGGUGUGCGUGUGUGUGUGUAUGUGCUUGUGUGUGCAAGGCUCCUGACCAAGUACUCGGCAUCCCUGAACCGAAACCAGUUGCCUCUUGACUGGUCAACUAUGUCCACCUUGCACCGUUGCAACCAAAGAAUCUUUUUGGACCACUUCUGACAUUGCAACCCAAUUUUGACCUGGGAAAACUGAACACAAAUAUGAAGCUAUUGUCAUACCUGUUUGUAUAUGUGAACAUGUAUUAGUUUCUAAGUGCCUCUUGCCUCUGAGCGGACAAGGAAAGCAGUGAGCAGGCAAUGUGACCCCACUCUGGUAACACCCCCAUAUGCUUCUGAAUGUAUUUGUGAUGUCACACACAGUCAGUGUUGAAAUGAAAAAAAAAAAGGGGCACCAUGCUUUGGUGCUGAAAUUUUCAUUAAAGUAGCAGCCAAGUGUGUGAUUGAAAGGUAUUUUUGCAAUGUUUACAUUCUUCAGAUUCAAAAACGUUAUCCUCAGCGAACGAUAUUCUAUCCGAGUACUGUUGCGGCAGUUAGGAGAAAGGUCAGAUCACCAGCAACGACAACCAAACAACUCCCAACUGGUAUCUUAUCUUCUGUAUAUGUUGUACAGCGGUGCUUCUCUUUUCCCCCCCUCGUCCGAGAAAAAGCAGAUCAAAAGCAAGAGAGGAGAGGGUCCGAGGGAGAUCCCGCUGUGUGUGGUCGCUGGGCUUCAUCCCAUAAUAGCAGGAUAUUUCCAGAGACACCUCAGAUCAAGAGAUUCUGUUUGCUGUAACACCCUCACAGUGAAUUCCUCAGCUGCUGCCGAAGAGCUCAAAAACUCAGCCAGGGUUGGGGGUUGGGGGGUCCGCCGGGUUCAGGGUUCAGUGCCAGACACCUUUAGCCGCACCCCUAAAGUUUAACAAUGUGCUGAUGGGAGUGCUGAGCCUAUUGAAGACGGAGGGGGAGAACCGGAGGAGAGACAGGAAGCAAAGAAGGGGAAGAGUGAUCAGUCUGGAGAGAUGGGUGCAGCUGGUGAUGGGGUUUUAUCUCUUUAGGACGAGUGCGCUUUGCCGUAGUGAACGUGUUACACUCACGCUUAUAUUUCAACUUGUAGCAGCUUGCAACCUUUAUGGCGAAAACAAAAAUGGUCUAUUUUCAGCACUUGCUCUGUUUCAAUGAAUGUUGAUUAAGAAAAAGGGAGAGAGAGAGAGAAACGAGUGUGGAGACAGAAAUCCACAUACCAGCCACAGGAGAUUUCAAGUUGCAACCUGUGUUUCUUAGGUUACCUUAUUUGGUGUUCAUCAGUGUUCUUUUUGGUGUUCAUUUCUUGUUCAUUUUGACAAAACCUGUAUACAUCUCUAUGUAUAUAUCUACUUUUAGAUAUAUGUCUAUAAGUAGAGAGUGGGGAGAGAGACAAUUAUUCACUUCACCUUAAAACAUAAACUGCACUGCAGCUUUUUGAAAUGGCAGGUAGAAUGUGAAAACUUAGGGUUAGCCAUAGAGCCGCAGGUUUCCCCACCAACGCAUCACUUUUACGUUGUCUCUGAAAACACACUUUAGUCUUCAAUGCCCAUGUUGAUAGAUUGUAAAGGUGAUGUUCGUCGAUCUGCACUUAAUGAAGUCCUGACAGCUAAUUAGCUAGCUAGCUCCAGUCUGCCUGUCACCUCUUGUGUUAGAGAUCGUGGGUCUCGAGUUUGUUUCGGAUUUUUCACAGACUUUUACAAAAACCACACGUUUGGAAAAAAUUCUUGUCUUGUAUGUAUAUUUUUUAUGAUUGUACUUCUUAUAAAUGUAUCAGACACUGCAGAUGUUGCGGUGCUUUUGAAUCUGUGAUCGGGCUUCAAAAGGAUAUGUUCUCAAUAGAUGUUUCUUUUUUCUUUUUUUUUGCUAUGUUAUGUCGUGUUCAGUUGGUUAAAAAAAAACAACGAAAAAAAAAA